AGCAAUGGAGGAGGACAAGGCCUCAGCUCAGGCCCCGGCCCCACUCACAGCCCAGCUCCCGGCCUCCGAGGAGGGUGACCGGCAGAGGAAGCGGGAGCAGGAGAAGCUCUCCGGGGUGGUCAAGAACGUCCACAGGAAACUGCGCAAGAAAUACCGAGAAGUGGGAGAUUUUGACAAGAUAUGGCGUGAACAUUGUGAAGAUGAAGAAACACUGAGUGAAUAUGCGGUUGCAAUGAAGAACUUGGCGGAUAAUCAUUGGUCCAAAAGCUGUGAGGGCGAAGGGCGGAUUGAGUGGUGUCGAAGUGUUUGCCAAGAAUAUUUCCUGAAUGGUGGAAUGAAGAGAGUGCUUGAAAAGGAUGAGAAAAGAGCCCGACUUGCAAUUUCUAUGGCUACUCCAGUCCUGAAUGUGCAAUCAACUGAGAGGAAUGAUGAUUAUCUCUCAUCCAACGGCAUAUUAACUAGUUUGGAUGCAAGGUUAGUGCGUCUUUCAGGAAAAAUCAGACUCCUGGAUGUCGGAAGCUGUUUCAACCCAUUUGUAAAGUUUGACGAAUUUCUGGCAGUUGGUAUUGACAUUGUACCUGCUGUAGAGAGUGUCUAUAAAUGUGAUUUUCUCAACCUCCAGUUGCAGCAACCUCUUCAGCUUGCUCAAGAUACUAUAGAUGCCUUUCUCAAGCGGCUAAAAGAUCCAAUCGACUCCCUUCCAGGAGAGCUGUUCCAUAUAGUUGUGUUUUCUCUUCUGCUGUCUUACUUCCCUGCCCCUUAUCAACGUUGGAUCUGCUGUAAGAAAGCCCAUGAACUUCUGGCACUUAAUGGCUUGCUUCUUAUAAUCACCCCAGAUUCCUCUCACCAAAACAGGCAUGCCUUUAUGAUUAAGAGCUGGAAGACUGCUAUUGAGUCUCUGGGAUUCAAAAGGUACAAGUAUGUGAAGUUCUCCCACAUGCACCUUUUGGCUUUUCGGAAAAUAUCUCUGCAGACAACAAGUGAUCUCGUCAGCAGAAAUUAUCCGGAGAUGCUCUAUAUUCCACAGGAUUUCAAUAAUAUGGAUGAAGAGGAAUACACAGACACCACUUGCCAAGUCCGUUCUGAAUUGGAAGAUGACCAGAUAGCUUACAGUUUUAUGGAGUUACCUGAUGCACCAUAUGACUCAGACUCAGGAGAGAGUCAGUCAAGCUCCAUCCCGUUCCAUGAGUUGGAAGACCCAGUGUUGCUUUUAAGCUAACUUCAGACUUCCAUUGCAUUUGCUACUAGAGCUGCUGUGUUGCCAAAAUAAUUCUGCUGCAUUAAUUCUUGUAUUGUAUGCAGAACAUGCAGUACAGUUUGCACAUAGAAAAUGUGAAGAGUUUACAAAAUGGGUAACUUUAUUUUCUACAACCCAUGUUGGAAAAAUAAAAGUAUUUUAGGGGUAUGCAACAAAUGGAACACUUGGUAAUGUCCUCAAGGAAGCAUCUCCAUUAGUAUGUUGCGCGUAUUCCCAGCAGUAUAAAUCGCCAUAAAUAAGAAAAAAGCUGACCAAAUAAUUCACAGACUAUGUAACUGAUGCUUGUGUUUUAUUAUCUAUGUGAAUUCACUACCCACUAUAUAGUUGCAGUGUUUCAGUCGUGGCAGUGCCAUGAAAUUGUUAACUGCAGGACAAUGAGGUACAAGAUGUGAAAUUCACAAACUUGAUCUGUUGUGUUAAUUCCAACUUUAUGUGUUGGAUUACAAGAUUCGCCAACAAGGAAAUUGCAAAUCCCCAAAUGACCAAAAUUGAAAAUAGGCCAAUAAGGAAAACAUUAGCAGUUUUUCUCAUCAGCUUUUUUCACACUGUUAGUUUCAGGUUCUCUGUUUUGGUGUAUUUCACCAUCAAUUUCACAAUCUGAUAUUUGCAAACCUUUGGACACAAUUAACACAUCAAUUGUGAUUGCAUUUUAGACCUAAUAACAUAUUUCAAAUUUAUAGAAACAAAAAGGUAGGAAAACAUGCAGCAGCAUAAAUCUGCCAAAGUCAAAUAAAAAGAUGGUACUUACAUAUAUGAUCAUAACAAGUUUUAUCAUAAUGCUCAUUAUUUUAUCCCUAUGUAGUUCCCAUUAUCAGCCAGGUUGCCCCCAGGGACAUUACUUAGACAGAUAGUGAAUUUGAAACUAUUGUUUUUAUCCCCUAAUUUUGUUGCAAUAGCAAAUUUGUAAGGAAGUAAAACAAACUUAUUUUAAGAAGGUGAACAUUACUUGCUGCCUAUAGUUAAGCUGUAUUUCGCACUAUUUCUGCAAACAAUUAUGCAGUUAGCCUCACAAAAUUCAAUGUUACAUUUUAUUAAUGAACAGUUUGCUCUGUUCAGUUUUUGAACAAACUGGUAUUGAUUCUGUUGAAAGGAAUAUGCCAUGUAGUCCUUGUGACCUUUGGCUGAAAAUGAUGACCUUGCACAAAACUGAAUUCAAUAUUGCUUGGUCUGUGGUCAACAUCGGUAAAGAAGUUUACAAGUAAAUUGAGGAACAAAACAGGAAAUCAAACCAAUAUGCUUCAUUCUUGGCCUCAAGCAAGGGCAGAUACCUGAAAUGUGUCUCUGAUGUCUUUGUCUCCAUAGAUCAGUGAAUAGUUGGUAGAUUUUUCUUACUGAAAUGCCUAGGGUUAUGUUAUUUUCUAGCACAUUAAACAAGGAAGGUGGAAUGCAUGCAUAUUGACCAGUUAUUAGAGAAUGGUACUUGAGUGAAAAAUCUGUGGUUGCAAAGUAAACAUUUAUGAAGAAAAUGAAAUUUGAAAGCUUGACUUUUUCUUAAUUGGGUUAUGCAUUAUUUGUGUACAAUAUAAAAUAGUAAAUGCUUUGUUGCUUAUAGUAGAUGGGCCACUUUUCAAUUAACGAUAAGGUUGCUUUCAAAUCAGAAAAUAACUUGCAUUCAAACUUAUUAAAUACCUUAUUGACAUGACAUUAACCUUUUUUGGAAAUAAAUUGUUUCAAAAUAGUGGCAUUAACACUCAGGAACAAUUAGUUAUAAGAAAGUUGUAAAUGGUUAUAUGUAACAUAACAGUCAGAAAUCUUCAACUUGCAUUGAAAUCCCCAGUGAUAGACUGCCAAACGGUACAUACAGAGCUCUGUACCAUUAAUUUACAUAUUGCCAAUCUUGAUCUAGAAAUGGCUUUCUAUUCUAGUGUGUGGUUUUAAUGGCCUGCAUAUACCAACAUUGCAGUAUUUUCAAGUCGCAUGAGUCAUUCCAAUCUUACCAUGUUCUAGCAUGCUCAGCAUUGAUGUCUAGUGUUUGAUUUACAGAUAUUCUCUAUGGCUCUCCAAUGAAUACUUAAGGUUUCCGUUGGAGAUAUUCCAUAGUCAGAAUUAAAUUAAUGCAAUCAUCGAUGGUGCUUUUAAAUAGAUAAAAAAAACAUUGCUUGACUUGGUCUAAAAUCAAGUAGACAUGGAUCCUUGGGAUUGUUUAAUCUACCUAGGUAUAUGAAAUAAUCAAAGAACGAUGAUAAUACUAAAAGAUGAGUAAUCUACGUUUCCUAUUUUGGUGGGCUCAAGAAUAGUAUCCUGUGAAUUCUCAUGAUGAUCUGUGAAACCUACUGCAUCUGGAUUUGAUGGCCUGGAUUGACAUUCAUCUUCGGUAUUUAUAUUUACACCAGUUGACCCCUAACCCUUUGUGUAUGGAAUGACUUAUGCAACUUAGAAAACACAUCUUUUAUUAAAUAUCUAGCAGAUUUCUGUAAAUUUCUCUUACUGAAUAUUUUUAUAUAAGAGAAUGUAUAAUUAUAAAAAGCAAUAAUUCUCAAUCUCUGGGCAAUUUAAAUUGAAAUCAUAGUUUUCAUUUUGGUGCAUUCCAUAAAGGGUUUAACUCCCAACUUUCUAGAGUUUUGAACAAUGUUGAUCACAACAAUAUUGGCAUUUUCAUUUGCUCUCUCCUGCACCCCCCCCCCCCCCCCACCCCCCACACUUUAUCCUUAAUGGUCAGAUAUUACUGGCUUCCCAGCUUCCAGCACUUCUAUUUCCAAAAUUCACAGGUACAUUGACAGCAUUCAGACAUGAGGACAUUGAAACCUGCAGUACAAAAAUAAUAAUAAUAAUCUUUGCAUUUGAUAUAGCGCUUUUAACGUCUUCUAGACAUCUCAAAGCGCUUCACAGAAUAUGCUGUUAAGUGAAUUGACUAUUUGUGGGCGAAACGCGGCAACCAAUUGCGCACAGCAGUGU